AUAAAAAGGAAAAGAAAGGAAAAGAAAAGAAAAGAAUGAAUGCAACUAAAACCAACAGAAAACAGACUCGAGUGGUUUACCCAUCAAUAGCUCUUGAAAGUCAGAAUCUCUCCAACUAAACUACAAACACGGCAGAAUCUUCCUUAACUCUUCUCCCCAGCAUCUCUAUCUGGUCUUCAAACACCUUCUUCUUGUUAGCCAAACGUUCGAUACUUUCUAUAUAUCCAUCAUUAAAAAUUCACUAAUUACUAAUCCUACAAAAGUUCCAUGAUAAAAAGGCUCUCAGCUUUUUCAUGAUCGAUCGGCUCACAUCCAAAAAUAACCAACACCAUGUUUCCGAUUACCAGUUACAAUUCUUUUUUCUCCUUCAUAUUAUUCUUCUGCUUACUCUUUCUUUCCCGCCCAUGCUUUCCCGCCAGAAUCCUACCCGACCCUGCAGUAACGGUCAUACUUGCCACCACAAACGUAUCCCACAACCCCGCGUGGCACGACUUCACCAAGUUUCUGGACGCCGGAAAGGGGAGCCAGCUGGUCGGCAUGUCGGAGCUCAAGAGAUACUUCCACCGAUUUGGCUACUUGCAGGUGCCCAAAGCCACCAACUUCACCGAUGUCUUCGACAAGCAGCUCGAAACGGCCCUGACUCUAUAUCAAUCCAAGCUUAGCUUGCCUGUCACGGGCAAGCUCGACUCGGAUACCAUCUCCGCCAUAACCUCCCCAAGAUGUGGCGUCAGCGACGCAGCGCUACGCAAGCCUACAGUUAAACUGCACGCGACGCGUCGCUACGCCUACUUCUACGGCAAGCCUCGUUGGGCUCCUGCGAAGUACCUCACAUACGCCUUCAGCCCCAACCAUGUCAUCAGCUACGUGAGCUCGUCGGAGAUAGAGGCAAUCUUCCAUCGCGCCUUUUCGCGUUGGUCGGCUGUGAUUCCGGUGAACUUUACUAAAGCCAAAGACUACUCCUCCGCGGACAUCAAAAUCGGGUUUUACAAAGGCGACCACGGCGACGGCGAGCCGUUUGAUGGUGUGUUGGGUGUUCUAGCUCAUGCUUUCUCUCCCGAGAACGGGAGGUUCCACCUAGACGCGGAGGAAAAGUGGGCCGUCGAUUUCGAAUCCGACAAGUCGAAGGUGGCCGUGGAUUUGGAGUCCGUGGCGACGCAUGAGAUUGGGCAUGUUCUUGGGUUGGCUCACUCCUCGGUCAAGGAAGCUGUCAUGUACCCGAGUCUGCGUCCUAGGACUAAGAAAGUGGACCUUAAGAUGGAUGACGUGGCAGGCGUCCAAGCCCUGUAUGGGUCAAACCCUAAUUUCAAAUUUAGCACAUUGCAGUCGGAAAAUUCUUACAACCACGCAAUUACUAAUCUGGACACCACUUUUGUUUCUAAGUGGACAAUUUCUCUAUCACUCAUAACUUUGAUUUUUCUCUUUUUCUGAUUGAUUCCAAUUCUUAUACUUUUUUUUAAAAAAUUUCAUGGAGUUGUAGACACAAAUUAUACAAAGAAAAAGAUAGAGGAUUCUUUUUUACAUGA